CGUGGCUUACAACGAUGACCGAGGAGGGCGGCGGCGGCGGCGGGGAGAAGGGAGGGGAGAGAGGCAGCGAGGGGAGGGCGGCGAGGGAAGAGAUGAGAACCAGCAACAGGUUAGGGAGGGAGGCAUGAGAGGGCGGGAAGAGGUGACGUCACGUGGCGGAGGAUGCAACGGGCUUAUUGGUGACGCAGGAGUGUGUGGCGGGGGAGUGGCCAGGUGACGUCAGGAAUGUCAGAGGGGCGUGGCAUGUGGCGGCAGCGUGGCGUGGCGUAACAGUCAGUAUUGCUCUGGUGGGGAAGGAGGGAAGGCAAACGAGCGGCGCCCUUGCCUCUCAAUCCGCGGAGUCUUUAUAGUUACAGCGCCCAAAACAAUCUGUUGGUUAAUCUCUUCUUGUCCCUCUAAGUCAUUGCCGGACACUAGACUAGAAAGGAAGAUAAUCACAUUAGAAAGGAAAUAUAACUGAUUGAGAAGGGAAUACGGUUUUUUUUUUUUUUUUUUUUUUUUACGAUCGCCACACGAACGUUCCAGUUGUUGUGGCUAGCUGAUGUUUCAUGAAGGACUGACUGUGUCGUGACCGUGUGACACUCGCCACCUCCUGCUGCUGCUGCUGCGCCUAUUGCUGCUUCAUCUAUUGGUGUUUGGCCCAGAGAGACUAAGCGGAGGAAAAGUAGGAGAGGAGAAAUAAAAGGGGGGGGGAGGAAGAGAGGAAGAGGAGGGGGGAGGGGAAGGGGAGCGGGCGGCAUGGUGGCCCCGUGUGGUGGAGAUGGCUGCAACCCCGCUCCCCAUCACCACCCAGCCGACACCCUGCAGCGCCACCCCCACCACCCGCAGUACUACGUGUCCGCCGCCCACCUUCCCAACGCCAUGCUGAGCCUGAGCAAGACAACCUACCUGGACGGAAACUGCUCCUCGGCGGUGGACGAGGCGGGACCGCGCUGGGUGGUGUACCAGGUGGUGUUCCCGGCACUGGUGGGUGUGGGCGUGAUGGCCAACCUGCUGAACCUGGUGGUGCUCUCCCGCCCCGCCAUGCGUGGUGUGGCCUACAGGUACCUCAACCACCUGGCCGUGAGUGACCUGCUGUACCUGCUGUUCAACGUGCCCUUCUGCCUGGAGGACUUCGUGCGGGUAUCAGUGUCAGGGCAGGCGGCGGGGCGGAGCAGCGCGGUGUACUACGCGUACGUGGGGGUGCCGCUGGUGAAUCUGUUCCUCACCAUGAGCGAGUACAUCGUGGUGUGGCUCUCCUACGACCGCUGCCUCGCCGUCUGCUGGCCACACAAGUUCUCGGCGAAGCAGCGGCUACGCGUGGUGCGGGAGAGGUGCGGCCUGUCCCUGGCACUGACUAUGGCCGUGUACUGCCUCAGCCCCCUCAGCCAGACCUACCAGUGUGAGGGCGCCGUCUGCUGUGUCAUCGACAGCCCCUACAGUCACCUUGGGUGGUUUAUGGGAUACGAACUCUUCAGGGAGAUCUAUUCCAGGUUCCUACCGGCGCUGCUCGUCACGGGGUUCAAUGUGGCCAUCGUGGUGACGCUGCGCCGCCUCCACCGUGAGAGGGGCGCCGAGGAUGUCAUCAACGAGUCGCGGCAGGAGCGUGAGCGGCGUCUGUUUGUGUUGCUGGUGGCGGUGACGGUGCUGUUCUACGUGACGGCCUUCCCCAGUGCCAUGUACAAGGUGCUGCCCGGCGCAGAUCCGCGCCUCGAGAGUGUGCUGCGCCCCAUUGCUGACAUGCUGGAGGUGUCCGGCCACGUGUUCAACUUCGUGCUCUACUUUCUCUUCAGCCCCGACUACCGCAGGACACUAGUAGGCAUGGCCGCGCCCCCAGACAAGUCACGUGCCGGACCUCCACACUUCCACUCUUCCAGCGCUAUUCCAUUAUGAGUCCCCACCGCCACCCACGCCGCGUCCAAUCUCACCCUCACGGGUGGGGAGGGGGUACUCUCGAGUCCCUUUACGCCCACGGCUUGGUUCGGGACGGAGAUAACGAGAAGGGAACUACACUCAUGUCCGGCUCAGGAAACAGGAAUAGAGGGAGAGAGAGGAAUAGAGUGGAGAAAUGGAACAAGUGAAAGGAGAAAUAAGAAACAGAGAGAAUAAAGGUCAAACACGUGACUAAAAAAACAUGAUGAAAGUGAAAGACAAGAACUGAAAGCAAACAAGAGAAACACGAAAACAUGAAAACGGAAAGAGUUGAAGGAAAAUACGAAUGAGAGAUAAAAGAGAAGAUUAGUGAGUGACAGAGAAAACAACAGAUCUCAAACAAGAGGAAAGGUGAGCAACGGAACGGAGAAGGAAAGAAAGGAAAAGUAAACGUGGAAACGAAACAAAAUAAACGGAAAAGAAAUAAUAGAAAAUAACAAGGUGGUAAAAAAAAAAAAAAAACAAGCUGUUAAUGGAAUGAAGAAAAUGAGAGGUGGAGAAGGAAGAAGAGAGAGAAGGAGAGUAGAAGUAACGUGAUAAAGGAGACGAUACAGUAAAGACAACAAACAGGUGAACCCAACGAAGGUGUGUACAUUAGCCGUCACGUGACCUAACACAACUAGAUGAUGAAGCCGUGUUUGCUCUCUCUCUCUCUCUCUCUCUCUCUCUCUCUCUCUCUCUCUCUCUCUCUCUCAUUAGAAGUGCCAUGAGUAACUACUAUUACUACCACUAUCACUACCACUAUUACUACUACUACUACUACUACUAUUCUAUACAGUAUUACUUACCCGUCCCAUACAUGCCCUUUAAUUACGGUGGAGUGGAAAAGAGAAGUACGUUUGGCACUUAUGGGAAAGUCUAUUUAAAGCCUGAGAGAGAGAGAGAGAGAGAGAGAGAGAGAGAGAGAGAGAGAGAGAGAGAGAGAGAGAGAGAGAGAGAAUGGAAACUGACGAC